CAGGAGGAACAUCAGAGCUCCAGUUCAUCCGAACGGCAUGAAUUUGCUCUGAACUUUGAUUUCUGUGGAUUUUGGUUUGUCUGUCUGUCCUCCCCCCGCUUUUUUUUCUUUGCGUAUACAUGCGCACUUUCUGGAUUGUGGGUGGGCACACACGCAGCUCGCGCGCGUUCUCUCUCUCUUCCUCCGUCUGAAGCGUAUAAGAGCGGAUCUGUUAUGGAGACCCCAUCACACAGCGGUUCACUUUCACGCAGAAAGGAGGAUGAUGAGCUCAGAGAUAGUGAAAUCCAAUCCGGUCAUGAAACUAAUGGUGCUUUUCACAGCUUCCUUUUCCUGGGCUUUUCAGCAACACGCUGCCCCUCUAAAGUACCAGUACCGAGACCCCAGGACGUCUGACCUGCUGUUGUGCGACCAGUGUCCUCCAGGGACGUCGCUGAAACAACACUGCACCGCAGACACGCCCACAGAGUGCCAGCCCUGUCCUGAGAGACAUUUUGCUGAGAACUGGCACUGGGGGGACACGUGCCAGUACUGUACCUCGGUGUGUAAGGAGCGGCAGCUGGUGAAACAGCAGUGCAACAGCACUCACGACCAGCUGUGUGAGUGCGCUCCAGGGUUCUAUCUAGUGGUGGAGUUCUGCAUUACACACAGCAGCUGUCCUCCGGGCUCCGGGGUCAAAACAUUAGGAACGCCGGUGAGCGACACUGUGUGUGAACGCUGUCCCGAUGGUUAUUUCUCCACCGGCAGCUCUCCCGCUGAUCCGUGCCAACCUCACAGGAACUGCUCGGACUCUGGCCUGAAGACACUCCGAUGGGGCACGUCCACUUCAGACAGCCUCUGUGGACCUCAGGACAGGAAAGCAAUGCUGGGGUGCUCUCAGCACCUCAGCUUGUGCCGUACUGAUGUGUCUCUGUGUGAGGAGGUGGCCUUCCAGUCCCUGUCCUCAGUGCCUCUGGAGCGACUGCUGGAGAGUCUGCCUGGUCAGAAGGUGGAUCACAAGAGCCUGGAGAAGAUGAAGAAGACCUGCAGUCCCCAGCAGCAGGUCCAACACCUGCUGCGGUUGUGGAGGCAGAAGAACAAAGACAAAGUCUAUGGCAUCAUACAUGGAAUGAACCACUGUGAGAGGAAGGUCUCCCGCUGUCACGCUCUGAAAAACCUCACCACCAGUGACCUGAUGUUGGUGACCAACAGCCUUCCUGGGGUCAGAGUUCAGGAGCAGGAUGUGAGGGCCAUCGUCUCCACCUGUCUGCCCAGCCAGUACAUGCUGCAGGUACUCCACCUGUGGAAAUCCGAAAACCACAACCUGGAUCUAGCAAAAGGUCUGUCUCACAGUCUGAGGGUGUUACGCAGCCAGGGGGCACCUCGGCAUCUGCUGAAGGGGCUCAAGAAGAUCAGCCGCAUCACAGGAACCAGCUCGGCGCCCAAGAUGUGCGAGAAGAUGUUAGUUAAGAUGCUACAGGAUGACUCGUGUUUUAAAGCUCAUAAGGCAUUAAAUGAAUGAGGAGAAGAAGAAUCUUCAGUCCAUAGCAUUUCAAAAGGUGUUUUCUAAUGGAGAACACCAAAGACAGAAGAACCAUGAGAUUUGGGGACGACAUCAGAUACAACAUUUAAAUAUCCACCUUUCCAGAGAGGCAGGUCUAUAAAGAAAAUUCAGGUGAUGAGGUAAAUUCCUCUUCCUCCUUUUGAGUUUGUGUGCAGAGCAUUCAUACUGAAUAUUCACCAGAGUCAGGAAGUCAAAAGUGUCGACAUGGAGAAUAAUCCGGAAAGCCUUAAAAGAAAACCAAAUCCACAGUUUGACCAGAUCCUGGAUGAGAUCAAUAUUAUUUAAGAUGUAAAUAACACUGUUUUAUAGAAGGAGGGCUGGAAGAGUCUAUUAUAGCUUUCUCGUAGUUUGAGAGCAAGGAUUUGAUUUCAUAAUGAAAUACAUUUAUUUUUAUGUAUUUAUUUUCAUUUCAUUUCAUUUUAGUCUCAGCUGUUCUUUUGUGUUUGUUUGGGACAAAUGAAUCAUAAAGCUCGCCUGCUUUAUUUUUUGUUUCUCUCUUGGUCAGUUAUAUGAAUGUAUAAAGGAGUGCAAUUGUUGGGUUUUUGUAUUUAAAGUGUCCUUUAAGUGUCUGAAAAUGUGUGUAUUAUAUCAAAAAUACUGGAUUUCAAAUGCUGCAACUUUAUGAAGUGAUAUUUUUUUAUAUUUUGUGUUACCAUCUUUCUGUAGGAUCUGUACUGUAUAUAUGCCCGACUGGUCCUGUUUAAGCUUGUGUAAGUAAAAAAGUUUGUAGAAAUACAUUUUUUAACCAACGAACAGAAAAA